AUGAGACGCUCUACGCGACUUGCUGCUGCUCGAUGCGCGCCGACGCCCGCUGUUUUUCAUGAAGCGAGAGCCAGUACGCCAUCCAAACACGAGGGAAAGCAAGCGGUUUGUUCGCCACCGCGCAAACGCCGGGAGGUGGAGGCAGGUGAAGGAGGGAGCUUGGCAUCUCCUUCCGAGCGGGAGAGUAUCUCUCUUCUUCAGCAAUUGCCUCUCGACGUACUGUUCGAGGCCUUCAGGAACACACUCAUGAGCCGCUCGACAAGGGGACUAUGGAAGAAGAGCUACGCCGCCACUGCGCACGAGCUGCCGCCCAUCCCGGAGGACGUCACCAUACCACACUUUGUCAGUUUCAUUGUGGACAAUGUAUGCGAUUUCUGCCACGCGUCUGACCUGAAGGACCGCGAGAUCAGGCGCACGUGGGCUGUGCGAGUCCGGUGCUGCGAGACGUGUAUUCAUGACGGAAACCACGUCCUACACGGAGAGGACGCGCUGCGCGAGUUGAAGAUCAUCCGAGACAUCCAUCGUUACUUCGGCCGCAACUACCGCCUCGACCAAUUGUUCCCGACAUUCUCGCCAGUCCGCCAUCACGACUUUGAUAAAUGGUACCCUCGGGCGCCCAUUGAGAGCCUGGCUGCGGACUUCGAACGAGACAAUAAGCGUAACCCCGUGGUGAUUAGGAAGAGAUGGCUGGAGCAAAGGGCAUCCGAGCACGUGAGGAUUCAGAAGUACGCCAGUAUAUGCGAAGAGUGGGAGGAGCAGACGCUUUGCCGAAAGAUCGAGCGGGAUAGAAAGGUUCAGAGGGAACGGCUGGACGAGAUAUUGAGGCGGCUUUCAGCGCUUGGAUGGGCCGACGAGGUACAGCACUCUGGGAGCUGGCACUCCCUAUCGAUGCAUCCCUUUGCCGCGAAAGCGGAACCACUCACCGAGGAAGACUGGCGCCAGAAUAGAGAGCAGCUGAUACAGUUCACGCAAGGACUGAGAGAUAGGCGACUAGCGGUGGAGAGGGGCAAGACGAUUGAAAGGCGAUACCGCGAACUCGACGCGGUGUACAAGGUGUAUUUGGCCAGCAAGACGCGCCGAGAGAAGUGGGAGCUCCCCGGCAUUGGCGAUCUGGUCUCCUGGCAGGAAGUUAGGGACUUCAUCGAGGGAGCGCUGGUCGAGGAAGAGAUCACUUCAGGAGCUAUGCGCGCACUAAUUGACCGGCUUGCGGAAUCGAAGUUCGAAGAGUGGAGAACGUCGUGCGAGGAAGCGCUGAUCCAGAUGCUCAACGCGGAGGACACCGCGCGAAAGCGCUCGGCGACCAAGGACGACCUCAGGCUUGCGGCGACCGUAUUCUGCGAGAAGCAUAAUUGCGGCGUCGCCUGCUACCCCGAGGCACUGCAUCGUCUUCGACCAGGGUAUUUUGGGUCAGCUUCGGUGGAGCAAGAUCCCCAUGUCAUCGUGCAUCAAUACGCGUGGUCGGCGGCCGAUGUCUGCGUCAAGAAGCGCACGCUGCGUGCGGCGGAGCGGGUGGUAAGGCGGGCGGGUCUGAAUCCGCGGACUGCGACGCCAAGGGACAUGGAUGCGCGCGACCCAUGGUUCAUGUGGAGGUCCGACGUGCCCAAAGCGGGAGAAGUGCCAGACUACAAGAAGGAGGUGUGGGUGUUGCCGUGGAGGCGCACGCUGUCCGAAACCGCGGAUGGGAAGGAUUUCGUGUUGCUAUCCGAGAGUCAGAUGGUGCCGAUUCUCGAAUUGAGGGCGAGGACUUACUGGGAUGGCGGGUACAUGAAGUGGUCGCAACUGAAUGCAAAGGGGAACUUGCGAAAGAAACGAGCAUAA